AUGGCAACCGCAGCCGCAGCUCGAGAGGCAAUGCCCCUGGUACGUCUGGAUCUUGGGAGCUUGCCAGAGGCAGGGGCUUCGCUCUCGGAACAUGUGAAGCUGGCAGCUUUGAGAGCGCUUCGGGCAACGACGCCGGGAUGGAGAGAUUCCGAGAACGACCACGAGCGACGAGAGGAGAUGGCCUCCGGGUUCUCCAUGCGGGCGCUCACGGGGGGCAUGACGAACACGGUGUUUCGGUGUUCCAAGCCGGGCGGCGAGAACCAAACCGUGCUUCUUCGGAGCUACGGCAAGGGGACGGAGAUGUUCUUCAGCAGAGAGGCGGAGCUGAGAGCGUUCAAGCUUCUGGCAGAGCGGGGGUUCGGGCCGGACUUGUUGGCAACGCUCGGGGACGGGCGCGUGGAACAGUUCCUUGAGGGCAGGUCGCUGGGAGCGAUGGACAUGCGAAAACCUGCUAUCUCCACCCUUAUCGCAAGGCGAAUGUCCGAGCUCCACGCUCUGGAUAUCGAUGUCGGGAGCCGGACUCCUGUCAUCUUCGGAGCACUUGAGAGUUUCCACGCGAAAGCUCUGCAGCUUUGCGGAGACGUCCACGGCGGGGUGGACGUCGUAGAGCUCGGCGGACUCGCGACCUUGCUACGAGAGCGAUUGGAGAGCAGAGUGCCGUCCAAGGUAGUCUUCUGCCACAACGACUUACAGAGCGGAAACAUCCUCUACAACGACAAGAGCAGUGCUUCCGCUAAGAUCCCGCCGAAACUCUCCGGUCCUACGGAAUCACCCCGGCCGGUUGUGUCCCUCAUCGACUACGAGUACGCCGGGUACAACCCCCGGGGUUUCGACGUGGGGAACCACUUUUGCGAGUGGAUGGCGGACUAUUCGACCGCCGAGCCUCACGUGCUGGACCUGGAGAGAUACCCUUCGCCGCAGGAACGAAGAGCGUUCUCCAGGGCUUACCUGGGGGCAAUGAACGGGGUUCCGCACGAAGAGGUAAACGCGGAUGAAGUCGAAAACCUUGUCAAAGAAGCGGAUGCCUAUUCUCUGGCGUCGCACCUCCUGUGGGCUAUGUGGGCGCUGCUGCAAUCGAAGGCAAGAGAGAGCUCAAAGGGUUGUUUUUCUGUCGCGUUUGGUCGCGACGCGUGCAACGUUCUCUCUUCCUCGCACGAGAAACCCCGUCCUUGACAGCAGCAGUAUGCGUAAAGCAGAGUGACGCCGCUGCGCCGGGCUUUGACUACCUCACGUACGCCGCGGAAAGACUCCGGGCGUACCGACGGUUUUCUGAGCCCUUCCUGCCUUCCCUGUCACCGGAAACGGCAGCAGUAUCAUCAGCCAAAUAGCACAGGCGGCAGGGGUUGGCAAAGACGCCGAAGGUCAAGAGGAACACCGCCAUAUAUGGGAUAGAACAACAUGCUUUGGCGUGGGAGCCAGGAGUAAUGACAGGACGCUCCCAGCACAGGGAGCGCGUCGUACCCGAUGUUGUUACCCGGAAGUUGGUGGAAAAUUUUCUUCCGUGCGCAACACGGCGAUGUCGCGGGAACGCGUAGAUAUUGUGUUUGAAACGUGUGGCCGUGCUUGCGCGGGGAAGGCACCGGACUGAAAGAAGCUCUUGAAAUCGGUUCAUUCUUGUU